CUUCGCAAUUGGUUUACAGCGAAUCCGUCACUUCCUCGCGCGCCAGUUGGAUGCGCGUGUUGGCGGGUUUUGCAGGGAGGAAGGUCGGUGCAGUCAGUGUGCUCAGCCGCGGCGGUGGUAAGCAGUCAGUGGGACAACGCGUUGUGCAUCUAGCUUCAUGUCAUAUUUUUAUACCGAGUGUUUUUGAGGGAUAUUUCCUUUUCUAAAAGAGACAUCAUGCAGUUUUUCAGAAAACAGAGGAUUUCACGUCUGAAUGGAGAUCGUCAGGCCGAUAUGUAUCCACAUAGCUUGCAGUUCUAUGGACAGCCACCAACUGAAAAUAUUUCCCUUGCCGAGUUCGAGACAUUUGCUGUUGACAGGUUAAGACUUCUUAAGACAAUUGAGAACAUAGGAGUGAGUUAUGUAAAAACAAGUGAACAGUACUCUAAAAAGCUGGAAGCUGAACUACGAAAGUUGCUUUUUCCAUACAGAGUGGAUGUGGAUGAAAAAGAAUUGGGCAAAGAAUAUGAAAAAAGAAGAAAAGACCACAUCUCCCAUUUCAUUUUGCGACUGGCCUACUGCCAAACGGAAGAUCUGAGGCGUUGGUUUAUUCAACAAGAAAUGGAUUUAUUUAGAUAUAGAUUUCAUGAAAUUCCUGAAGAGCAUUUCCAGAAUUUUCUGAAUACCAACAACCUUAUCUAUAACUCUAUCAAUGAAGAAGAAAGGAGGAUUGUGAAACUCUCGAUCAUCCACUCCAAUGCAAACAUAUCCGCUGUAAAACUUGAAGAAAUGGAGAUUUAUAAGGUGCCGUUCCAAGAUGUCCUUGAUUUAGUGCGAAGUCGAAAAGUCUAUCUUAAAGGUGGAUAUACGUAUAUUCCUCAUAAGGAAAUUGUCACCGUAGUCCUGAACGACUUUCGAACCAGACUCUCAAAGGCGCUUGCAGUAACUGCGAGGUCACUGCCAGUAGUACAUUCUGAUGAACGUCUCCAGCCUUUGCUUAAUCAUCUCAGCCAUGCUUAUGUGGGACAAGACUACAGCAUUCAGAAAAAUAUUGGGAAAAUUUCACUAGAGCAGAUUGAUAAUCUUUCCUUGAAGUCCUUUCCUCUUUGCAUGCGCAACCUGCAUAAGGCUCUGCGAGAAAACCACCAUCUCCGCCAUGGAGGACGAAUGCAGUAUGGCCUCUUCCUCAAGGGCAUUGGUUUAACCUUGGAGCAGGCCUUGCAGUUUUGGAGAGCGGAGUUUGUCAAGGGCAAGGUGGAUGCAGACAAGUUUGACAAAACGUAUGCCUACAGUAUACGGCACAGCUUUGGUAAGGAAGGCAAGCGCACUGACUAUACACCCUUCAGCUGUAUGAAGAUAAUACUGUCCAAUGCGCCCAGCCAGGGGGACCACCAUGGGUGUCCUUUUCGGCACAGUGACCCUGAGCUGUUGAAGCAGAAAUUGCAGUCAUACAAGAUCCCUGGAAAUGGGAUAAACCAGAUCCUGGACUUGGUCAAGGGAAUGCAUUACCAGCUUGCUUGUCAGAAGUACUUUGAAUUGACACAUGGCGUGGAUGAUUGCAACUUCUCUCUGAACCAUCCAAAUCAGUACUUUGCAGAAAGCCAAAGUUUACUUAAUGGCAAAGACGUGAAGAGAGAGGCCCCUGCCAAAAUUUCUGGAGGAUCCCAAGAGACCCCUGCCAAUGUUAAAAUGGCAGAAAGCACAAGUUCAGCGGAAAUGGAUGAUUUGGAGUUGCUUUUUCAAGACGCUCCGUAAUGCAGGCCUGGGUACCGAGCUGUCAGUCAGUGGCUUAUUGUAUUUUACAACUGAGUUGUAAUUCAGGAGCCUCAGUGUCGUCAGCAGGGAGGUUGUGUUCUUUGUCUCGGUCCUUGAAUCUCACUGUUUGUUACUGUCAGCGUUCAACCCGAGAACCCCAUGCUUCAAUUGCCAUCUGUUUUUGCAGUGCGCUUUUUAAAUUGCUGUUAUCUCGAUUGCAGGUUCCUUUACCCUUUGCAUUCAUUCCCCGUUUUGGAUGCUUUUCAUCACAUCAUUCUUGAAACAUUUCUGAAGUACUUGCCUAAAACAGAUGUAUCCGUAUGUAGUUUGCUCUUUAAACCAAUUAAACAUAUGCUUCCUGCUAGGAAAAUUGGAAAAAAAUGCACAUGCUGCUUGAGUCCUGCAGAAUGCGUUGUGAUUGAUGGGCCUUGCAUAAAUAUACAUGACCGUCAUUUUUAUCUUUUAUAAAUCUGUUUACAGUUUUCCAAUAUAUUAUUCUUUGAAAAUAUGUAAUAAAAGCAAAAAUGUUUCUUAA